AUGAAUGUAACAGAAAAUUACACCAAUAUGUUCCACUUUAACCUGACUAUGUUUGUGAAAAUAGGGUCAUUCCGUUAUCCAGCCUUUGUACUGUGCUUACUGAUGUUUGCUUUCAUUGUCUCUGCUAAUAUAAUCAUAUUACUGGUCAUAUCACAGGAGAGAACACUGCAUGAGCCCAUGUACAUGUUCAUUGCACUGUUGUCUGUUAAUGCUCUUUAUGGUUCGACUGGUUUCUUCCCCAGAUUUUUAAUGGACCUUCUGUCUGACACUCAUCUCAUCUCACGUCCAGCUUGUUACACUCAGAUCUAUAUUAUUUACACUUAUGGAUCUUGUGAAUUGACCAUCCUUAGUAUAAUGGCUUUUGACAGGUAUGUUGCUGUAUGUGAACCUUUACAUUAUCACAAUAAGAUGACCCAUAAGAAAGUUUGCAUAUUAUCAGCCUUUGCCUGGAUAAUGCCAGCCUUUUCUGUUGCAACAUGUCUUUAUUUGACUGUAAGGCUUCCUCUGUGUGGUAAUAAGAUCUUAAAAGUAUUCUGUGCCGGCUGGAAUGUAGCUAAACUGUCUUGUGUGUCCACUUUAAUCAGCAACAUUGUAGGUUUAUUAUUCGUUGUAAUUGCUGUGUUUCUUCCUCUGAUCUAUGUCCUGUAUACCUACUGUCGAAUUAUAAUUGUGUGCAGCAAAAUGUCAUCUGAAUUCAAGAGCAAAGUGUUCCAAACAUGUUUACCACACACUAUUUCAUUUGUAACCUUUUCUUUAUCAGGGUUUUGUGAUAUUGCCCUUAAUCGUAUUGAUGUGGAAAAGUUAAACCGAUAUUUAGCUGUAAUUUUGUCACUGGAGAUCGUUCUGAUUCCUCCAGUUCUUAACCCUCUUCUUUAUGGCUUGACUUUACCAGAAAUCAGGAAACACAUUUUCAGGAUGUUACCGUGGUUAAAGAAGCAUAAACUGGAACAAAAGAUGACAUAUCACACAUGA